GAGCUUCGUUUCUCCGCAGCCCGUCGCCUAGACAACCGACAGCAGCGAGAUGGAGUCGUUACUCGGAGGGACCUUGGGGCCGAAUCCAGCAACUCUGAGCCCGGAGCAACUGGAGCAGUUGCGAGAUUUCAAGAUCCAGACUCGGAUUGCAAAUGAAAAGUACUUGAGGACCCACAAAGAGGUGUCGCUGCUCAUUAGCGGCUUCUUCAGAGAAAUGUUUCUGAAAAGACCAGACGACAUCCUCGAGUUUGCUGCGUACUAUUUCACGGAUCCAAGACUUCCCAACAAGAUUCACAUGCAGCUAAUUAAAGACAAGAAAGAGGCCUAAUUAGCAAAGCCACAAUGCUCAGCUGCCGGGAGAAGCCAGAAGGAAACCAGCCUUGGGGUCACCUGGAAGCCUGAGAGCCCAGUUGCCAUCAGUCUGGGUUUCCAAGCUGUGUGGAACUCUUCCUCUCACAGAUGCUUUCAGAGCUUCUCAUUAAAUCCAGGCCUGCC